AUGCGCCCGCCUGUCUCUGACCUGCCGGCCUUUGACCGCAAGCCAUCCUUCGAUCGCGCUCUAUCGCCAUCCCCAGAUCCCCGCACUGCCGUCCCCGCGACCUUCUUCUUGUCCCGCAGUCCACAUGCCUCAGAUCCCGGAUCCCCUCCGUUUCCCCCUGACGAUACCGAGUCUUUCAGGGAGAGUAUGUAUGGCGUUCAUAGCCUAGAUGAGACCCUGUCGCACGCCGGGCUGGUCGGAUCUCCACAUUUAUCACCCCGCGACCCACCUGCGGAGUUCAAGGGCGACCACCAACAACAGGAGGCGGAUGAAGAUGACAUGGACGAAUGUCUAAUGUCGCGGCGACGGUCAACGAUCAAGCCGGUUGACUCUGGUCUUCAAAAAUCACCUCCCCGGCCACGGGGCUCCGACACGGCCUCCCGCCCUCUGACCCCGCUCAACUUAAGCAACCCCGAUGAGCCCUCGUCGCUACCCAGCAGCCCCAAAUCGAUUUCCAACCAGUCGCUGCGACCACUCGAUGACAUGUCUAUCACCGAUGAAACAACCAGCCAGGUCAUCAUGUCGGGGGAUGAGGACGAGGGACCCCGGCUCGGCGUAUCCCCGCGCCCCACUCCUGGUGUUUCCCAGUUGAUUAUGCCGAGUAUCAGAAUGCCCAGCCGACGACCCUUCACAGAACGAGGGAAAGACAUGGGCCGAUUUAAGAUGCUGUUGGCUGGCGCUCCUGGCUCGGGGAAAACUUCUUUGAUCAAAUCGAUUGUUCAAGCCUGCGAGGACAUUGUACAUGUCGAUUCGCUUCCCGUGAGUACUUCAUCGCAGCAUCGCCGAUCGUCGCGAGUUCAUUCCGGAGGCAUACCCGGUCAGGGAAUGCCAACCACCACCACUGAAAUCUAUGCAAGCACUAAACCGUAUCCCUGCUGGUGGUCUGAUCUGGAGGACUCGCGGGUCCUGCGACGACGGAAAAGCAUUGACGAAAUUGUGCUUGAGCGGAAUCUCUGCUUCAUCGACACACCUACAACCUCGCUGAGCCGUGCUGGACAGACCGAUGCCAUUGUGCAAUAUAUGCGUCAACAGUUGCUUCGUGCGACUACCGCCCUAGAAGGUGCAGGCAUCGAUUUCCAAAACCUACUUGCUGGUAACGGUGGGUCCCAGGUGGAUGCCGUCGUAUAUUUGAUUUCAAACGACACUCUACCGACAGACUUGCAGUGCAUUCGAAAGCUCACCGAGUUGAGCAAUGUCAUCCCAGUGAUAUCGAAAGCGGACACCAUGUCUCCCGAGCAAAUUGCCUCGCUCAAGGAACGGUUCCAUGAGCAUGCACGAGAGGCUGGAAUCAAACUCUUCCUAUUUGGUAGUGCGGAUGGUCUAGAAGCACAGCCACCCUUUGCAGUUUCCUCUGAAAAGACAGCCGAUAUGGAAGUCAUGGAUGCCAGCACCCUGAUGAGCCCGGAUUACGUGCAGCCUCUAGUUUGCUCUGAGCUGGAAUUUUUGGUGCAGAAGAUAUUUGACCGAGAUAACCUAGCCUGGAUGCGCCACUCAGCUGCCAAGAAGCUUGCACAGCGACGCGCUAACUUCCCAUCUGUGCCACCAUCGACGGCUCCGCUUCCCAAUGCUCUAUCUGGGCCUAUAAGCGGCGCAUCCCCGUGGCGAGCUACCUCACAAACGUCACUGAACUCACCCCUCUCGGGUGCUGGCGGGUCGCCGCCCAGCUACGCUAUGGCGCGUCUGGCAGACUACACCCGGAACGAAGAGCAACUAGCCCAAGUGCGACUGGCGCAGUGGGCAACUGAUCUUCAGCGCAGCCUCCAAAACGAGCGUGAUCGCUACACAGCGCUAGCCCGCGGCGAGCGUGCGGUCUGGCUAACCGAACGACUAAGCGAGUGCGUCGUCGACGGUUCGCUAGUCCCUCUCACCCAGACCCCAGGCUUCCGCAGCCUGCAUAUAGCGGGCAGUGAGAAAGCUGGUGCGGCGGGCUUGCAUGUCGGACGAUCCCGCUCUCCGGCAGAGUACCGCGUUGCGAAAAUGAGUCCGCAUGACCCACUGGGCAUUGUCGGCUGGAUCGAUGAUAUCGGCCACCGGGGUUGGGUGCUGGUCCAGAUCGUCGGCAGCGUCGGCGUUGUCGGUGGCCUGGCGCUCUGGCUCGCUCGCACUUGGGGCGUUCCGGCCCGCACCCUGGCCGAGUUGAACUUGGACUAUUUUUCCGGCAGUAUGGAACGGUAA